AUGUGUGUGGUCAACAAACAAAAUCUUUGCAUUCUCUUCAAUGACGAACGACCCAGUCAAAGCACUGCAGACAAGAUCGAUGUUUUGAGCCCAAGAUCUUUCGUGGUACUCAGAUAUAUCAACCUGAUACCUCUGAUAGAUUCUUUUUUUGAAGUACCAAUACCUGUAACAGUGCCUAUGGCACUUCCAAAAACUACAAAAAUUUCCUUGAAAUAUAACUGUAGUAAGCACUUAUCAACAACACUUACACGAUUUAGUUCACGUGAACUCAAUCAAAUCGUACACCACAAUGAAAAGAAAGAUGCGGAAAUAUUCGAAAUACUGCACGCGCUUGUUUACAUCUGCCAGUGUCCUGACGUUGCAUACUUGCGCCCCGCGCUGAUAACCGCCAUUCACAGGUACUUUCACUAGGUGCCGAAAGAACAGAACCGGCAACGUGCAGCUUCUUGCAGUGGGCAAACAAAUCGAGAAAAAUGUCAUUCCAGACCCCUCUAGUAUCUAUGCGCGUCGCCUUUCGUAUGAACAGCGACAUCAUCACGUGAUACAGAGGAAGUUAUUGGUGCAGUUGAAUGAUAUUUUAGAAAGGCCAGUUUAGGAUGUCUGGAAGCACCACCGUGCGCUUCCUUGCAUCCAAACGAGCUUCAGGUUCCUAGGGUUGCUGGGAGAGUAGAGGUAUGACACAAUAUUUGCAAUGGCGAUUUGCAGCGUAGAGGUCUCCUUUCUCGCCCAUGCCUGCAAACACGAUAUUUGUAUGGGAGGACCAGCUUCUCCCUCUGUAUUUGUCCAACCUGAGACAUCUGGUAUAUUAAAGAGAGCCGUGUACGUGUUUGUUGUUUCACUGCGUGAUAUCAUACUUCCAGGAUUCCGAAGUAAGUACAUAGGCAGAUGAGGCGACGCCUUUGUAGCAUAGCUGUGGACAGAUGAAGUCAUACGUUUCUAUCUUCGAGGCAGAUGAGGCGAAGCCUCCAUAGAUAAAGGAAGUGUCAGUAAUAUAAUUCCGAAGAGGCAGAGGCGCCGCCUCCUGGGAAUUCUUGUAGACUUCUUGAGAUCCACAGUCUAAGAAAAUCUUCGGGACGGCGUUCGCUUUGAUAUACGCAUUAUUUUUACUUUUAUUCCGUACAUUAUCAUUAGUACCGCACCAGGUGUAUGAUCAUGGUUGUCAUCUGACCAGGCUGCUAAAAUGCUACGAAACUAUAAGUUGAAAAAAUAACUUACGACUCGUGAUAGAUUCUGCAGCAGACCUAUUUUCCGAAAGCUAAAAUUUGCUCGCUGCAUCUGCAGCUGAAAUCGAUAGCGACGAAUGUAGUUGAUGUGCACACCAGGACCGAGGGCUGGAUAAGUCUUCACAGGUCCAGAUAUACUGCCCUCGUCUGAAAUCAAUGGAAGGUUGUCUUGUUUAGACCGAAGUAAGCCUGACGUUCAGUUCUAGAAUUUGGCAUAGGUCACUUCGUAUAGGUAAGGCUACCGCACCAGAUGGAGACUACAAAGCACUUUGCUUGUUCGAUUCGGGGAGAGUUAGGAUAUCUGGUAUUGGCCUGCAUGUGCAUCGCGACACAAAAACAGGCGACGUCGCGAAACUCGUUCGCAUGCUAUGCUAUGCACGAUAAUACAAACUGUACAAUAGUGCGGUUUUCGACACUGCAAGCGGCAAAUCGAGAAACUGCAUUUGGUAUGUUGCUUUUCCGAUAAAAGCACCAAUUUCCAAUAUGUACGUUUAUGCUGAAUUUGUCUGAUUCGUAGGUUUCAAAAAAACUUGAAAAACAUAUCUCCUUGCCGACCGCGAC